GGAAGCUGACGUAAAGCUCGCACGCUUGUCUCUGUCGCCGGGGCUCGGCCUGCGAGGGUGGUGGGAUCAAUUUCCUCCUUUUUUUGUUUUUAGCGGGGAUAUUUUGUUUUCGGGGGGCGGGGUGGUGUUGCGGAGGAUUUGCGGCCAUGGCGGCGGAGGUAACCAAAGGCGCGGGACAGCUCUCCGUGGGUGAGCUCUACGUGUCAGAGAAACAAGGCAGCGACCAGGACGGAGACGGGACGGAGCAAAACCCAUUCAAAACUCCACUGAAGGCUCUGUCAUUCGCUGGAAAAGAACCUUUCCCAACAAUAUAUGUGGAUUCUCGGGAGGAGGGAGAGCGUUGGGCAGUGAUCUCUAAGACCCAGAUGAAAAAUGCCAAGAAGGCUUGGAACCGUGACCAGAAGAAGACCGAUGGCAAAGAAAAGAAGGAGGCAGAGGACAAUGACAGGAGAGAGAAGAACCUGGAGGAAGCCAAGAAGAUCAUCAUCGAACAAGACUCCAGCCUUCCAGAGCCCAAAACGGUCAAGAUCCACCAGCUGGAGCCUUUGAGGGACCAAAGGGUGAAGGUGUUUGGCUGGGUCCACCGUCUCAGGAGGCAGGGAAAGAACCUGAUGUUCAUCGUACUGAGAGAUGGAAGUGGUUUUCUUCAGUGUGUGUUGACUGAUAAACUGUGCCAGUGCUACAAUGCCCUGGUUUUAUCCACAGAGAGCACUGUGGCUCUGUAUGGGACAGUCAAGCAGGUCCCCGAAGGGAAGCAGGCACCGGGCGGCCACGAGCUGCACUGUGACUUCUGGGAGGUGAUCAGCUUAGCCCCAGCAGGGGGAGCCGACAACCUCCUGAACGAGGAGAGUGACGUUGACGUUCAGCUGAACAACCGUCACAUGCUGAUCAGAGGCGAGAAUGUCUCCAAGAUCCUCCGGGUUCGCUCUACCGUCACACAGUGUUUCAGGGACCACUUCUUUAGUCACGGGUACUACGAGAUUACUCCCCCAACCCUGGUCCAGACCCAGGUAGAGGGUGGCUCUACAUUGUUUAAUCUGAAUUACUUUGGGGAACAAGCCUACCUGACCCAGUCCUCUCAGCUUUACCUGGAGACCUGCAUACCUUCCUUGGGGGACACCUUCUGCAUCUCUCAGUCCUACCGUGCUGAACAGUCCCGCACACGCAGGCACCUCUCUGAGUACACUCACAUUGAGGCAGAAUGCCCCUUCAUGACAUUUGAUGACCUCUUGAACAGACUGGAAGACUUGGUGUGCGACGUGGUCGACCGUGUGCUCAAGUCCCCUGCCGCCCCACUGCUCUAUGACAUCAACCCUGACUUCAAGCCUCCGAAGAGGCCGUUCAGAAGGAUGAACUAUACUGAAGCUAUUGACUGGCUCAAAGAACAUGACAUCAAGAAGGAUGAUGGCACUUACUAUGAAUUUGGAGAGGACAUCCCAGAGGCUCCGGAGAGGCUGAUGACGGACACCAUUAAUGAGACUAUCCUGCUGUGUCGAUUCCCCGCUGAGAUCAAGUCCUUCUACAUGCAGCGUUGUGCCGAGGACAAACGCCUCACUGAGUCGGUGGAUGUGCUGAUGCCCAAUGUUGGUGAGAUAGUCGGAGGUUCCAUGCGUAUCUGGGACGCCGAUGAGCUACUGGAAGGAUACAAGAGAGAGGGAAUCGACCCCACGCCCUACUACUGGUACACUGAUCAGAGAAAGUAUGGAUCCUGCCCCCAUGGUGGCUAUGGUCUGGGUCUGGAACGCUUCCUCACCUGGCUUCUGAAUAGAUACCACAUCCGAGAUGUCUGCCUGUACCCCCGCUUCAUUCAGCGCUGUCGACCUUAAACACACACGCACACGCACACACACACACACACACACAGCCUUGCACAAAAACAAAUACAGAAGAGCAGAAGUACGCAUUGGAUACUGUAUGUGCUUUAAGUCCAGUAAGCACCACAUGCUAUGAAUACAUACGUAUGCAUACAUGUUUGUAUAUAGACGCCCAACGUGUUAGGGCUGUGUCUAUAUCUGUGAUUCAACCAUGUCAAUACUUACACACAAUAAAACCUCUCUCCUCAUUCUGUUUUCUGGAUAAUCUGAAUCCCCAUUCUCAAGCUGUUUAACUGGUAGAGUCAUACCUCCCCGUCAUGUGGUCAAGAGUAGAUUUCAGAACGGCCCUUGAUUAGUACUGGAUUUAUGCUAAUUUUACGAGCAAGGGUACCACUUCUGUUUAUGUCUUGAGUAGGUUGUGAAGAAUCAAACAUGCAAUUUCUUGGUCACCCAAAUUUUGGGGGAUUUCUGGUUUUUGAUACUGAGGAUUAAGGAUGUUGAUGUAGAUAGAACAGAACUUGGAUAGUGAACUUACGGUACCAUUACUUGACAUGGGUUAUUAAGAAAUACAACCCGGUUCUUUGGUCUAAUGUCCAUGGAUCUACUUGGAAAAUCAAAACACGCCUAAAGUAAAAAGUCUUCA